UCUCCUCCUGCAGCCUCUGCAUCACAAACCUGCUGCUCCUUCAUCUCCUCCCGGCUUCAUUCAUUCAGGAUCUCAUCCUUUGAUGUUUUUCCCUCUUUGGACUCUGGAUUAAAAACAGUUUAAUUCUAAUUUAUUUUUCCUCAAACCGUCAAUGAUGCAGCGUCGCUGUCGCUCAGGAAGGAGAAGCUGCUGCGCUUAGAAUAAAGAGCCGCAGAUCUGCAGCUUCAGGGAGGAGAAGGUGAGCCCAGCUGCUGGAAACUGACCGGAGAAACAAAGCAGAGAAAUAGUUUUAAAGUCAGGUCUGCACGUCUUCCUCAUCUUUUGAAUUUUCAUCUCAUCCCUCUUGUUUCUGUUGGAUUGACUGUUAAGAAGAUCCAAAUGGAGGCCAGAGGAAAAUACGAUUUUUCCGCCACUUCGGAUGACGAGCUCAGCUUUAAAAAGGGCGACAUUCUCAAGAUUAUAAACCAUGAGGAUGAUUGGUGUAAGGCUGAGAUGAAUGGACAGGAAGGAUACAUACCUAAGAACUACAUCGAUCUGCAGACUCCAGAUUGGUUUAAACAUCUAUUGCAAUUGUUGUUUUCCGGUCUAAUAAAGGAGAACCUGAUCAGAGAUCCAAACCAGAACCAGUUUUCCAGAUGUCAACUUGCAGUUUUAGAAAAUUGUAAAUCCAUCUGCAGGUUUUAUUUCUAUAACUUAGAGGCGUCUGUCUGUCUGUCCCUCCUCAGACACGAGAACGACGUCCAGCACUUCAAGGUGAUGAGAGACAAUGAGGGCCAGUACUUCCUGUGGUCGGAGAAGUUCACCUCACUCAACAAACUGGUGGACUUCUACAAAACCACCUCCAUCUCCAAAACCAGACAGAUCUUCCUGUACGACGGCAGCUCAGACGGCAGGAAUGGCCCCAUGUCCCAGGGGAAGAGGGUGAGUUUGCCUGAACGCAACUCAGCUGCAGCCGUUGCUUCAUCGCCUCGCAGGGCCUCAGAUCAACCCGUCAGCCAGCUGGUUAAAAAUCCUGCCAUUCAGGAGCGAGCGCACACCAUUGGACACACGGGCAGAAGCAGCCCUGUCCCCUCCGCCUGUCAUCCUCGCCGCAUCUCUGAAACCAUGCCUCCACCUACGCGAUCGUCCACAGUGCAGGUGAGGGCGCUGUACGACUUCACCGCUGAGGAAGACGACGAGCUGGGGUUUAGUGCCGGUGACAUCAUCGAGGUGUUGGAUCGCUCAGACAAUUCUUGGUGGAAAGGCAGGCUGCGGGGGCAGAGUGGGUUGUUUCCUGCAAACUACACAGUACAGAUAUGAGGAAAGGCACCGUGGGCGAGGCUUUAGCUCCACACCAAUCUGCAGACGGGAACAGUCGUCAUCGGGUGUUUCUGAAAGUAACACCCAGCUCUGCACUGCAGUGGACUGUGGGUUUAUAGAUACAUGGCUACCCAGCGUGGCUUGUUCAGGUUUUAUUGAACGUUUAAUUCUUGGGGGUGAUAGACACACCUGCAGGAUGGUUUCUGAAGAGGAAGUGCUGCAGAUGCCACACUUUUUUUUUUUUUUUUCAUUACAACAAAUGUAUUAAAAAUGUGGCAAAAGGUAUUUAUGAGUUGAAAGCUUGUCCGAUUACAGCCUGAUCAACGGCUUUAUGAGUGCAUGAGUAUAUUUCCUUUCUGUCGCCUACAUGUAUGGAUAUUUUAAUUAUUUGUCGAUUCCACUGAAAUCAGUCUGUUUGUUUUAUUCAACUCCUAUUGUUUUUUAUAAAGAUCCGUCUCAGCUUUUCUAUUUUUGUCUGCCUCAUUCAGCUGCAUACAUUUAGCAAAAAACAUGCUAUGUUAAAAGGAGUAGGUGGUUUCAAAAUAAAAGCCCUAUAGACCUUCAACCUUGUCUUAGAAGGUUUUUCUGCUUUAAACUUUUUUUGUGCUGCUGUACGGUUUAUUUUUUCCCAACUUUAAUAAAGAAAUGCAGAAAAAGAUACUUUUUUUUCUUCAUCCUGACAUCAUUUUCUCAGAUUUAGUUACACUAUUCCUUCACAAAAAAAGAUUUUACACAACAGCUGUAUUAGUUUAAUUCUAACCAUGGUGGUGAAAUUUUAAUAAAGCUUUUAUUUUUAUUAAUGCAUAUUUGUACCUUUCUUCACUUUAAUAGUCUUUUUUCAGCUGUUACCAUGAAUACAGUCAAGUUUUAAGUACUGCAGUUGUAGUUGCUUUGUAUGCAGAACCAUCAAAAGGAGCUGACCGCUGCACAUAUUUUGAUUACAUUUUAAAAUCAGGCAGAUCAUUGUUCAAAUCAUUUCGCUGCAGAAUGCAUCGCAGCGUAAAAUAACUGCAAUGUCUGAGUGACAAUAUUUUAUUGAAAUUUAUCAAAAUAAAACAGGUUACGGUAUUUUUA